CAGUCAGCAGUGUGAGCGACAGAUCACGGUGCUAAAAUGUAGCAAUAUUUCGAAACACUUCCACAGUGAAGGAUUAGUUAUCAAUUGCUCCCUGCAGUAAUCUCAAAGGAAUAUCAAACCACAGUAGAAAGCAGGCAGCAGCUUCACUCAGCCAUCAUGACAGAUAAUGAGGACCCCAAGAAAGAGAAGAAAAGCAAAGGGACGAGCAAAGUGGUGUGUGGUUACCCCCUCAGCAUCUUCUUCAUUAUUGUGAAUGAGUUCUGCGAGAGGUUCUCCUACUAUGGCAUGCGAGCUGUCCUGGUGCUGUACUUUAAGUACUUCUUUCACUGGGACGAUGACAUGGCCACCUCCACCUACCACAUCUUUGUGGCUCUCUGCUACCUGACCCCUAUCCUCGGGGCCAUUGUGGCUGACUCCUGGCUGGGAAAGUUUAAGACUAUCAUCUACUUGUCCAUUGUCUAUGCGAUCGGCCAGGUUGCAUUGGCAGUCAGCGCAGUCCAUGACAUCACUGACAAAGACAGAAAUGGGAUACCAGACAGCAUGACCUUUCAUAUCGUGUUGUCCAUGGUGGGACUCUUCCUCAUCGCUCUGGGCACAGGCGGCAUCAAACCUUGUGUUGCUGCCUUUGGUGGAGACCAAUUUGGUGACCAUCAGGAAAGGCAAAGGAGAACUUUCUUCUCUGUAUUCUACCUGUGCAUUAAUGGUGGGAGUCUCCUCUCAACCAUUAUCACUCCAAUCCUGAGAGCUCAGGAGUGUGGCAUCUACAGUAAGCAGAAGUGUUAUUCUCUGGCCUUCGGUGUCCCUGCAGCACUAAUGGUGGUUGCGCUUGUGGUGUUUAUCAUCGGAAGUGGUAUGUACUACAAAGCUGAACCACAGGGAAACAUCAUGCUGGAUGUGUGUAAAUGCAUCGGGUUUGCCAUUAAAAACCGCUUCAAACACAGAAGCAAGCAAUUCCCAAAGAGGCAGCACUGGAUGGACUGGUCAGAAGAAAAAUAUGAUAAACUCCUCAUUGCUCAAAUCAAAAUGGUGCUGAAGGUCCUCUUUUUAUACAUCCCACUCCCAAUGUUCUGGACCCUGUUUGACCAAAAGGGUUCUAGAUGGACCCUGCAAGCCACAAACAUGGAUGGAAACUUUGGGCUCCUUGUUAUACAGCCUGAUCAGAUGCAGACUGUCAACCCCAUCCUGAUCCUGACUUUGGUGCCUAUCAUGGAGAGCGUAAUCUACCCCCUGAUCAAAAAAUGUGGCCUGAACUUUACACCUCUGAGAAGAAUGACAGUGGGGAUGAUUAUGGCAGCUAUAGCUUUUGUCUGCGCUGCUUUGGUUCAGCUUCAAAUUGAUAAAACAUUACCCACCUUCCCAUCAGCCUCCCAGAGUCAGUUGAAAUUACUAAACAUGGGCAGCAAUCCAGUGACAGUUAAGCUUCCUGACAACGAUCCUCUGGUGCUUCCUGCAACUCAGGCCAGUGAUCAAUUCUUCACAUUUGAAGCAGAAAUGGUCAGCGUUUUAAUAGGCAACAUGACGAAAACUAUUCCCUUGGCCAAAGGACGGCGACAAACACUUCUGAUUCCCUCAAACAUCAAUGACAUUAACUGGUUGUUGACUGAUGAUUUAACCUCCAAGCCACAAGAAGGCAACAAUGCAAUUCGAUUUGUAAAUGGAAUGAAUACAACAGUGAAUGUGUCAACUCCAGCAGCUGACUUUGGACUAAUCGAGUCAUUGUAUUAUUCCAACUACUCUCAGAUAAAAAAUGGAAAGGCCACCUUCACCUUACAGAGUGGUUCACAGUCAUGUAAAUACAGCCGGGACUUUGGAUUUGGAAGUUCAUAUACCUUCCUUAUCCCCGGGACUUUAGAUUUUGAAGGCAAUUGUCAGGAGUCUAUUACUGCAGCAGAAGACAUCAAGCCUAACUCAGUUCACAUGGCUCUCCAGAUCCCACAGUACUUCUUCAUCACUGCUGGUGAAGUGAUGUUUUCUGUCACUGGUCUGGAGUUCUCCUACUCACAGGCACCUAGUAACAUGAAAUCAGUGCUACAAGCAGGCUGGUUGUUAACCAAUGCUUUUGGCAACUUCAUUGUACUAAUUGUGGCUGAGCUUGCAAAGAUUCCCAAACAGUGGGCAGAGUACGUCCUCUUUGCCUCUCUCUUGUUUGCAGUGUGUAUCAUCUUCUCCAUUAUGGCAUAUUUCUACACCUACAUCAACCCUGCAGAAAUUGAGGCCCAGUUCAAGCAGAAGUUUGAUGAAGAUGAUGAUGAUAAAAGCCAGCUACAGAAGGAAGAGGUCGAGAUGGUCAAGAAAGACUCAAUUAAAAGUCAUAAAGAUGAAGAUGAUACAGCCAAACAGACCAAAAUGUGAACAAUCUAAAAAGCAGAUUAGAUAUCCAUAAUGCAUUUACAUAUGUUUUCAACAUUGACAGGAGGUAGAAUAUACAUUAAUUCUGCCUGUAUUUGUGUGUGUGUGUGUGUGUGUGUGUGUGUGUGUUUCAUAUUUCAAUGACCAAAUGGCUAUCAUGAGGCACACAAAGUUCUCUAGCAUUAUAAUUAGUACAAUAAAUUCAUUCAGCUAAAGUAUUAUAACAACAACAACAACAACAACAACAACAACAACAACAACAGAUGAACCAUUUAAAUAGCAUUGAAUGUAAUUUUAGUUCUUUUAUAUUUAUGUGUAUGUUAUGUUUAAGUAAGCAACACAAAAAAAAUCCUGUUUGUGUGUUUUUCCACUCACAAUUCUUGUCUUAAGAUCUUUUGCUAUAAAUCCACUGAGCAUAUAAGUCUUUUUCAUAGCACUCUCCCAACCUGAUAUAAAAUCUUCGGCUUUUACAUUUACAGCCGUAUAAGACUGAAUAGUGUUUUGUUUCUUUCAGUAAGUAUGUUUAGCUAGUACUGAUGUCCUAUGAUUUGACAAAAAGGAGUGCAUUGCAGCCUGUCAGACCAUCAAGGGAGCUGUGAGCUCUGAGCUCCCAAACUGGCUAAAAAGAAAUGGUUGUCAUUUGAGUGUGAAAGUUUAAUACUUUACCUUGGAAAAGUGUAAUUUGACAAAAUCAUCUAAGAUCCACGUAACAUUUUUUUUCUGGAUCAUUCAAAUUGCAUGUUUUCAUCUAUGGAUUGAGUGCAAUUCACUGCACACUAUUGCUUCUACUAGUGAGGGACAGAGUUUGUCUUCACUAUUCGAUCCCAGGAUUUUAUCAUUGGUGUCUUUGUAAUGCUGCACUAAAAAUAUAAAAUAAUAAUUACCACCAACCAACAUGUCAAUUUUGACAUGUCAUAGCAGGAAAAGCACAUUUGUUACUCAAACCAUGAACGAUGAUGGUUCUGUUAUAUUAGUGUUCCAGUAGUCAGCCGUCAUUAAUUUGAUUAUUUGUGUUUUUCCUGCUGCAACAUAUUAUAAAGUUGACCAUGAAAAAGUCUAGAAUGUAUCUGAGAUGACAAGAUCUGGUUCUGUGAUACAAACUUAACUAACUUAAUAUCAACUGGCCCAGUACAGUAAAACAGUACUGGUACAGUAAAAUAUAAAGGUGUUAAGAUAGGUUCAUGAUUUUAAAG